AAACAAUCAGCAGAUCAGAGAAGAAUAUAAACAAAAGCAGAUGGAUAACGAACCCAUAAAGGCGGGAAAGCCACACCCGAAAAACAAAAAAAAAGAGAAAAACAAAAACAUCCUUCGCGAGAGAGAAUGGAAUCUCAUUUCCCACUACCCACAGCAAACAACCAAACAUUCCCUAUUUCCCUCUCCAGAAAAUUAGAAAAAUGAAAAAGAAUAAAUAAAUAAAUUGAAAGAGCGCACACACCUCAAAAGCAAGCCCUUCUCUCUUCCCCCCACCCCGCUAUUAUCGCUUCUUUCUCUGCUUUCUUUCUUCGCUUCACUUUACUACUGUUUGUCUCGAAGAAAAUGAGAUGAGACCAUGACGACGCCGUGUGAACCAGCACCACCGCCUAGAAUCGUACGGAAGUUACUCGUGGAAGUAGCCAAUGCACGUGACCUUCUUCCUAAAGACGGCCAAGGAAGCUCCAGUCCUUAUGUCAUCGCUGAAUUUGAUGGCCAGAAAAAGCGCACUUCCACUAAAUACCGCGACCUCAAUCCAGAAUGGAACGAGACGCUCGAGUUCAUUGUCUCCGAUCCUGAUAAUAUGGAGGUUGAAGAGCUUGAAAUUGAAGUCUUCAAUGAUAAGAAGUUCGGCAAUGGCAGUGGCCGUAAAAACCACUUCUUAGGAAGGGUAAAAGUGUAUGGUACUCAGUUUGCUAGGAGAGGACAAGAAGCACUUAUCUAUUUCCCUCUUGAGAAAAAAAGUGUCUUUAGCUGGAUUCGAGGUGAUUUAGGGUUAAGGAUUUGUUACUACGAUGAGUUAGUUGAUGAUCAACAGCCACCUCCCCCGUCUGAUAAGGAUGCCCCACCGCAGGAACCGCCUAAAUCACCAGCGGUUGUAGUAGUAGAAGAAGGAGGAAAAGUUUUUGAGGUUACUCCACAUGAUCAUAUUUCUCAUAGUCAUCGUUUCCACGAUCAUCAGUUUCCUCCUGUUGUUGUUAUCGGAGAGUCUCCGCCUCCAGUGGUGCAUGUACACUCAUCAGAACCACCUCCACCUGGUCCUGGUCCUGGUCCUGGUCCUGGUCCUGGUCCUGGUUCUAUUCCUCUUCCUAUUCCAGUUCCAGUUCCAGAGCCAGCUAUGCCGCUGCCUCCUGAGGCGGACUACGUACCAGAGGUGAGGAAGAUGCAGCAGAGUGCAAGAUUUGGCGGUGAUAGAGUGAGAUUAUCUCGGCGGCCAAACGGAGAUUUUUCUCCGAGAGUCAUAUCUGGCAAAUUAAAAAAUGAAAAUGAGAGAGUUCAUCCCUACGAUCUAGUUGAACCAAUGCAGUAUUUGUUUACAAGAAUAGUGAAGGCUCGUGGUUUAUCACCGAACGAUGGUCCAUUUGUCAAGAUCAGAACUUCUACUCAUUCUGUACGAUCUAAACCGGCGAUAUACCGGCCUGGCGAGCCAACCGAUUCUCCUGAAUGGCAUCAGGUGUUUGCACUUGGUCACAACAAACCAGACUCGCCCUGUUCGACCUUAGAAAUCUCUGUUUGGGACUCAACAGAGCAGUUUCUUGGCGGCGUUUGUUUUGAUCUGUCCGAUGUUCCAGUUCGAGACCCGCCGGAUAGUCCUUUGGCUCCUCAAUGGUAUCGGUUAGAGAGCGGUCCUGAUCAGAAUUCGAGUAGAGUGUCUGGUGAUAUUCAGCUUUCUGUUUGGAUUGGAACUCAAAACGACGACGCUUUUCCGGAGGCUUGGAGCUCUGAUGCACCGUACGUUGCGCACACUCGUUCAAAGGUCUAUCAGUCACCAAAACUUUGGUAUUUGAGAGUUACUGUUAUUGAAGCACAAGAUCUUCAAAUUGCUUCGAAUUUGCCUCCGUUAACAGCACCAGAGAUUCGAGUUAAAGCUCAUCUUGGAUUCCAAUCUGUGAGAAGCAGGAGAGGUUCCAUGAACAAUCAUACAACAUCGUUUCACUGGCACGAGGAUUUAAUUUUCGUCGCCGGUGAGCCAUUAGAGGACUCGCUUAUUUUAGUCGUUGAAGACCGUACAAGCAAGGAAGCAAUAUCACUCGGUCACAUCAUGAUUCCAGUGGCCUCAAUUGAGCAACGGAUUGACGAGCGCCACGUCUCAUCAAAAUGGUUCCCAUUAGAAGGUGCUGCUAGUGGAUUCUACCAGGGGAGAAUCCAUCUUCGUCUUUGCUUGGAAGGAGGGUAUCACGUGCUAGAUGAAGCGGCGCACGUGUGCAGUGAUUUUAGACCAACGGCUAAGCAGCUUUGGAAGCCGGCUAUAGGGAUUUUGGAGCUGGGAAUUCUCGGCGCACGUGGCUUGCUUCCUAUGAAAAACCAAUGUGGAGUAAAGGGGUCCACUGAUGCUUACUGUGUAGCUAAAUACGGAAAGAAGUGGGUCCGCACGAGAACAAUCACGGACAGUUUUGAUCCACGUUGGAAUGAACAAUACACGUGGCAAGUUUAUGACCCUUGCACUGUUUUGACCAUUGGUGUAUUCGACAACUGGCGUAUGUUUGCUGACCCAUCAGAAGAGAAGCCGGAUAGCCGUAUAGGAAAAGUACGGAUACGCGUAUCUACGCUUGAGAGCAACAAGGUCUAUACAAAUUCCUAUCCUCUACUAGUUUUAUUAAGAUCCGGGUUGAAAAAAAUGGGUGAGAUUGAAGUAGCGGUUCGGUUUGCCUGCCCAAGUUUGUUACCCGAUACUUGUGCUGCAUACGGCCAACCAUUGCUUCCUAGAAUGCACUAUCUACGCCCACUUGGUGUUGCACAACAGGAGGCACUGCGUGGUGCUGCUACUAAAAUGGUUGCAUCAUGGCUGGCGCGGUCCGAGCCUGCAUUGGGUCAUGAGGUGGUUCAGUAUAUGUUGGAUGCGGAUUCUCACACUUGGAGCAUGCGAAAGAGUAAGGCUAAUUGGUUUCGAAUUGUUGCGGUUCUUGCAUGGGCUGUGGGGCUGGCGAAAUGGUUACAUGAUAUUCGAAGAUGGAAAAACCCGGUUACAACAGUAUUAGUUCAUGUUUUGUAUUUGGUGCUUGUUUGGUACCCCGAUUUGGUCGUUCCUACCGGGUUCUUGUACGUGGUUUUGAUUGGUGUGUGGUACUAUAGGUUUAGGCCUAAGAUACCAGCGGGUAUGGAUAUAAGGUUAUCUCAAGCGGAAACAGUUGACCCGGAUGAGCUAGAUGAGGAAUUUGAUACAAUACCAAGCUCAAGACCACCUGAAUUAAUUCGGGUCAGAUAUGACAGGUUACGGAUGUUAGCAGCCCGGGUCCAAACAGUUUUGGGUGAUUUUGCGACCCAAGGUGAGCGGGUUCAAGCAUUAGUGAGUUGGAGGGAUCCACGGGCCACAAAGUUAUUCAUAGCAGUGUGUUUGGCUAUAACCAUAAUUCUUUAUAUGGUGCCACCAAAAAUGGUUGCUGUAGCCUUAGGAUUCUACUAUUUGAGGCACCCAAUGUUUAGGGACCCCAUGCCACCGGCUAGUUUGAACUUUUUCCGGCGGCUACCAAGCUUAUCGGAUCGGUUAAUGUAGAUUUCGUAGAGUAAAAUAUAUAGUAAUAGAUAGUAGAAAGUUGAAAAAUUUUGGGCACUAAAUUAUGGAAUGGUGGGGAAGAGUGUGAAACAAGCAGUAGUCGUUUUUGGGUCGGGGAAAGGAAGAAAAAAAAGAAGAAAAGGGACUCUAAUAACACAGUAUAUUGUGAAAAGUGGGAUGAAAAAAAAAAAAAAACUGUGGCAAGUUGGCACAAUGUGUUUUUGUUUUAAUUAUUGUUUUAUUUUUCUUUUCGUAAUUGAAUUGAUGGAUUAAAGGUUGGAAACUUGGAAUAAGUGAAAGGAGUGGGGGCAUAUAGACAUUGGAGCAGAAACAAAAAUUCAGGGAGCCUGUUCAAUGAGAGAGAGAGAGAGAGAGAGAGAGUUUGCUGUAAUGGUGUCCCGAAAAGCUUAAACAUUGAUUUGCUUUCUAACAUAUAAAAUUGCAUUUAACUAUUUUUUUU